AAAUUUUUAUUGACUUUUUUGUAAACAAUCGUAGUUUUUCAUAAUAAAAAGGCAAUUAAAGAUAAUUGUCAUUAUAAUUUAAUGGUAUAUAAUAUUCCAUAAAAUUUUACAACAGUUCUGAUAAGAACCAUUCUUAUUUGAAGGUCGGAAUGUGGAUUUGUAGCUUUUGUACAUUGAUCACACUGGUUGUAUUACAUAAAAAGAAAAAAUACAAAAUCAGUUGAUUUUAAACCUUCGCUGUGAUGGGACCACUAGUUGGAGCUAUAGACGAAGGCACUUCAAGUGCUAGAUUCCUUUUGUUUAAAGCCGGCACACCAGAAGUAGUAGCGUCUCACCAAAUAGAGCUAUCCUCUAUUUACCCUCAAGAAGGAUGGGUAGAGCAAGAUCCUUUGGAGAUUCUGUCCGUUGUAGAAGCAUGCAUAGAGAAAACGAUAGACAAGCUUAUCACGUUGGGUGGAAGUGUUGAUGAUAUCGUUUCUGUAGGGAUUACAAAUCAAAGGGAGUCUACUGUAUUAUGGGAUAGGCAGACGGGGGAACCUUUGUACAAUUCCAUUGUUUGGCUGGAUGUAAGGACUUCUUCUACAGUCGAUAGUUUGUUAAAUAAAGUUCCAAACAAAACGAGAAAUAAGAAUUACUUAAAACCUCUUUGUGGCCUUCCUCUGUCUCCAUAUUUUAGUGCUGUGAAGGUUAAAUGGUUACAGGAGAAUAUUCCCAAAAUACGCAGUUCUAUGGCUGCAGGAAACUGCAUGUUCGGCACUAUCGAUUCGUGGUUGAUUUGGAACUUAACAGGCGGUAUUAAUGGAGGCGUUCAUGUCACCGAUGUUACGAACGCAUCAAGAACCAUGUUGAUGAACAUCGAUACGCUUAAAUGGGACCCUGUACUUAUAAACUUCUUCGAUAUUCCUAGCAAUAUUUUGCCCUCUAUACGCUCCAGCUCGGAGGUUUAUGGAAAUAUUAUGAAAAGGUCGUUGAAAGGAGUUAAAUUGGCUGGAUGUCUUGGUGAUCAACAAUCAGCACUCGUUGGACAGCAAUGCCUUAUUCGAGGACAGGCUAAAGCUACCUAUGGUACUGGCUGUUUUCUUCUCUAUAAUACCGGAAACGCGAAAGUAAGUAGCUCUCAUGGGCUAUUGACAACAAUCGCCUACAAAUUUGGCCCCGACACACCCGCAGUUUAUGCUUUAGAAGGUUCAGUUGCCAUAGCUGGGGCCGCUAUGAACUGGCUGAGAGACAAUUUGACGCUACUCCCCAGCUUUGGAGAUGCCCAACAGAUCGCCGAGAAGGCUGCGGGUAUAGAAGGAGGGGAUGUUUACUUCGUACCGGCGUUUAGUGGAUUGUAUGCUCCAUAUUGGCAGCAGGAAGCUAGAGGUGUCAUAGUUGGAAUAUCUGAGGAUACAGAAUCGUCCCAUAUCGUAAAAGCCACUUUAGAGGCAGUUUGUUAUCAAACAAGAGAUAUUUUAGAAGCAAUGAACAGUGACUAUGGUUCCCCUUUAUCAGUUUUGCAGGUUGAUGGUGGUAUGACAGCCAAUCCCCUCCUGAUGCAGAUGCAGGCAGAUCUAGCAGGAAUAACAGUGUUAAAACCGACUAUGGCGGAAAGUACAGCUCUAGGAGCAGCGAUGGUUGCAGGGGCAGCUGUUGGAGUGUGGGAUUUGAACAAAUCCCUGGACAUCCCCGCGGUAAAAUGGACGGCCAAGUCUACGGAGAAUGAACGGGACGUCAGGUAUUCCAAGUGGAAGAUGGCAGUGGAACGAGCUAUGGGAUGGGACAUGUCUGUAUAGCGACGAUGAAGUAUCCAAUGUGGAAGAUUAAUAAGGAAAAUUUAAAAAAAAAAUCAUCUAUUUGCUAGUAAAAGACAUUACAUUGACAAAAUAGCACAGAUUUUAUUGUGCCAAAUCAUGAAUAAGCUUAUCAAGCAUUGACGACGAAUGUUAUUGCAGUAUAUAGUUUAUUUCUUUUAAACUUGUGGUGUCAUAAGCACUGGUAUCAUUUGUUAUCAUCAACAAAUUUUGUCUCGUUUACUAGUCCACGACAACGAAAAGUCGAAUUAAGAUUACGCCCGUUAUAGUCUAAGAGCUAGAGCCGAAAAAUCAUCGUCAUAAGUAAUAUGGAGUUUGGCAUGUGAAAUGUGUCUAUUGUAUAUUGAUAAUUAUGACCCCUUUCAGGCUGACACCUCAGUGGAUACAGGAAGUGGCAAUAAGGGAUGAAAGGGGAAAGUUAGUGUAGUCUUUAAAGGUUUUCACCUCCUAUUUUGUUAAACCUCCAUCGAUUUGCAUGAAAAUUGGUGACUAGUUAGAGCAUACCUCAAGAAAUAAAACUGAUUUGGUGCCAACUUGCACUUUUACCCUGGGGGGUGGAUACCACCUCUUCUCGGGGGUGAAAACUAUUUUAUUAAAAAUAACCCCACAAAUCGAUAGAGGGACAAAUUAUAAGUGAAAUUUGUUAUAUCAUGUUAUUAAAAUAAAUCAAUACUUUUUGAGUUAUUAAAGAUCAAAGAUUUGUCUGUUUAAGAGCAUAUGCGUGAAGUUACGGAUGAUAAAAAGAACAUAUUAAUUAAUUUUAUGUUACUAAAAUAUUAUUUUUAUAUUAUGUAUUUCGAUAUUAUAAAUUUAGCAAAAGUGUAUUCGAAUGUCAAAUGUACCCAUUAUUGGACACUCCCAGUUUCUGGACAUAUUCAGUUUAUAUUGACAGAAAAAAUUCAAUUAAAUAUCGAAAUAAUAUAAAAAUAAUAUUUUACUAACAUACAAUUAAUUAAUAUGUUCUUUUUAUCAUCCGUAACUUCACGCAUAGCCUCUUAAAUAGACAAAUCUUUGAUCUUUAAUAACUCAAAAAGUAUUGAUUUAUUUUAAUAACAUGAUAUAACAAAUUUUACUUAAAAUUUGCCCCUCUAUCGAUAUGUGGGGUUAUUUUUAAUAAAAUUGUUUUCACCCGCGGGAAGGGGUGGUAUUCACCACUAGGGUAAAAGUGCAAGUUGGCACCAAAUCAGUUUUAUUUCUUGAGGUAUGCUCUAACUAGUCACCAAUUUUCAUGCAAAUCGAUGGAGGUUUAACAAAAUAGGAGGUGAAAACCUUUAAUGACUACACUAACUUUCCCCUUUCAUCCCUUAUUGCUACUUCCUGUAUCUACUGGGGUGUCAGCCUGAAAGGGGUCAUAAUUGUCAAUAUACAAUGGACACAUUUCACAGGAAAGACUCCAUAUUACUUAUGACGAUGAUUUUUCGGCUCUAGCUCUCCGUCUAUUAGAGUUAUCUGGUUAAUAGAGGCGAAAAGAAAAUCGUUUUCGAACUUUGAGAUUAAAUACAUUCAAUUUUAAAGAUUGAUGUUUAAUAAAUUAUAUUUCUAACAUACCAAAGUUUGGAUCAGUAAUUUGGUGUUACAAAUCCUAGUAAUCAAAAACCUUUUCAUCUUUGCUAUCUGCUUUUCCCAGCAACUAUUUUAGUCCUAAAUUUGGCAACAUUGCUUAUUAAAUAGUUUUAACGUCACCAUUACAUGUAAUAAAUGAAUUAUAUACUGGAGAAAUGUGAUUGUUUUAAAAACAGUUUUAAAGCACAAAAGUUAAUAUUUUGGAAUAUUAUUAAAAUGCGUAAAAAAAUUUAUAAAAAACUUCAACAAAUUAUUUAAAGAUGUUUUGACUAUCUUUUUGUUUUUGUUUAUUUUUAUUCAAAAGAUUGUUUUCGGAAGUAUUAUUGUUGUUAAAUAUUUUUGUUUGGAAAAUGUGAUACUAUAAUUAGAAAUAAAUAAAGUGAUUGUGUUGUUU